AUGGAUUCAAAUGCUGAACAGUUGUUUCGUAAACUUCUUGAGCCUAUUACUGCUAUUGGUGAUUUGUUUCAGGUGAAUUUAUCUACUAUAUUAGAUCCAUUCUUGGAACAUUUAGAAGAUGUUUUGUGCAAGGUAAAAGAUGGUGAAAAUCAAGAAAAAGAGAUUGACUUUGUUCGUGCUGGUUAUCUUAUCACUAAUGCCACACUGUUGUAUUCUGCAAAAGUUGAUUCUUUAUAUAAAGAAGUACAUGAUUUUAUUGACAAAUUAAGGUCUGGUGAUAUUAAUGAAGAAGAAAAUGACGGAGAAAUUGAUCCAGAAAAAGAUUUAGAAAUGAGAUUAAGUAAUAAUAAGAAUCCAUUUGUUUUGUUACCAAUAUCCGGUCUAAAAAAAGGACCAAAAUCUUCACGAUUUAAUGAAUUUGAUCCACAACCUUGUGAUAUUUUUGCAAAAACUCAAGUUUCUUUUAUGUCUAUGAGUGAAACAGAAAAAAGACGUGUUAAUUUAUUUUCAACACAUAACAAGUCUAUUGUAAUUGGAAGUAAGGAUGAUUUUCUACUUAAUACUUGUAGUUUUUUGGAUAAUGGUACAGCUAUUUUGGAUUAUGAAUUUUUGGAUAUAAUCAAUGUUGUUAUUCCUCCAAGAAAUAUUGUAACUAUUGAUGAAUUACCACCAACCUUGCCAGAAGAAGGGGAAGCUAUGUCAUCUAGACGACAAUGCUAUAAUCCUAAUCAACUUGAAGAUCAGUUAGUUCGUAACCUUGAGAAACAGUUUUGUAGUGAAUAUGAAACAGGUGAAGUUAUGGUUGAUUAUACAAAUCAUGACGAAGGGAUGGAAUUUGAUGAUGGUUGUAUUAAUGAUUUGGGGACAAACCCAUCAACUAGAUUAGUUGAAAAUAUGCGUGAAUCUUCAUGUCAACCCAGUAGAAUGGGUAAUUAUGAUAUUUCAGAAGUGUUACAAAGUUCUCAACAUAAUGUCAACAGAGAAGUAUUGUGUGAAAUUCAAAAUGACACUUCAAUUGUUGCUAGAAAUGAUUGUAAACCUACUAGGUGUACUGCAAAAUUAGAAAAAAUUGUUGAACAGAUCAAGGAUCAAAUAGGAACAGAAAGUCCAGAUGAUAUUGACAAUAUUAAAUGUCGUUCCUUUAGAGAUGCUUUUGUUGAGGAUAAUUUUUUAAAUGAAGAAGAAGGUAGGCGCAGUAUACGUGUAAUGAUUCCUGUAAAUCCACAAAAAAAAUUUCUGAAUUAUGAUAAGAUUUUAAAAGAACGUGAUCGUAAGAUAAAACGUGCUUUAGAAAAACAAGAUAAAUUACGUAAAACUUUGUCAUUUUCCGAAAUUAAGGAGUAUUUUAGAAUUAACAAUAAAGGUAAGUUCAGUGCCACUUCUGGAGAUGUACCAAUUUUUGAUGAAAAUAAGCUUUAUGCUGUUAGUCUUAAUGAAGACAGAGGAAAAAUACGCUUAUUAAGGAGAAAAAUUAUUAAAGAAUGUAAAAGAAAUAUUAAUGCUGCAACGAAUAUUCCCGAAACUGUUGUUGAAUGUAUGAAUGAACCAGAAGUAGAUGAUUAUUUUGUUAAUAAUCCAAUAAAUUCUGAUGAUAGAAACAAUGACAAUGAAAAUGAUGAUUGUAUCCCAACAAUUUAUGACAAUGGUGUAGAAACUUUACCCAUUGUUGACGAACAUUUGUUAACACAAGAUGACUUUGAUUUAAUUCGAGUACCAGAGAUUGACGCAAUAAAUAAUGCUAUGAAUGCAUCGCGUAAGAGAGAUUUACAAGAUUAUGAACAAGAUUUAGAAAGUGGAAGAAGAGAUCAGAUGAAUAGUCAAACUGAAGGAUCAACACAGAACAAAGGAGAACGUCCUAAGAUCUUAGAAGCUUACUUAAAUGAUUCAAUUAUGAUUCAAGCUGAUGAAGAGUUACCAUUAUUAACUUAUACGGAAAUUAUUGAAAAAUAUAAUGAUAAAUAUUGGAAAAAUAUUGACCACGAGGUCGGUAAGUCUUACGAAAAAGUCAUUGAAUGGGACGAUUUCUUAAAACCACACAUCAAAGUUGAGGAAGAAAGAAAACAUUUUGACAUUACUGAGUAUGGUCAUAGUUUAAUAAAUAAAUUCGGUAAUGUUGGAGAAAUAAUAAGUUUUGCUGAUAUGGUUAAAACUUGUAGUCGUUACAUGAUAUCGAGAUUCUUUUUGUCAUCUUUACUUCUUGUAAACAAAGGAAACUUUAAAACAAAUAAUGGAGGUGAUAUAAAUUCAAUUUCAUUUGAGCUUGUCAAGACUGAUUUUGAUGCUUCAGAAGAGUAA